AUGUCCGAAAUCUUCUCGCCUGCCCCAGAGCCCUCCACUGAGCUGGGUCGCUACCGCGUCCUCUCUUCGACUGCGGGCAUCCGCGUGUCGCCACUGCAACUGGGUGCUAUGUCCAUUGGGGAUGCAUGGUCUCACUUUAUGGGAUCAAUGGACAAAGAGUCCUCAUUCAAGCUGUUGGAUGCCUUUGUCGAAGCCGGAGGCAAUUUCAUCGACACGGCCAACAACUACCAGAAUGAGCAAUCAGAAGCUUGGCUAGGCGAAUGGAUGACAGCCCGGAAGAAUCGUGAUCAACUUGUCCUUGCGACCAAAUUCACUACGGACUACAAAUCGUAUGCACUUGGAAAGGGCAACGCACCGAACCACUGCGGUAACCACCGCCGCAGUCUACACAUGAGCGUGCGCGACUCCCUGCGCAAGCUCCAAACAGACUGGAUCGAUAUUCUAUACCUUCACUGGUGGGAUCAUACCACCUCCAUUGAGGAAAUCAUGGACAGCCUUCACAUUUUGGUGGAACAGGGUAAAGUGCUCUACCUAGGAAUCUCGGAUUCCCCUGCGUGGGUUGUGAGUGCCGCCAACACCUACGCUCGAACCCAUGGUAAGACCCCCUUCAGUAUCUACCAGGGCCGGUGGAAUGUGAUGCUUCGUGAUUUUGAACGCAAAUUCCAGACCAAGAAGGCACUAGAGGAGCGGAAGAAGAAGAAUGAAGGAUUGCGAAGCAUGAUUGGCGAAGGUGGGCAGACCGAGGAUGAAGCUAAAAUGAGUGAAGCACUGGCCAAGGUUGCAUCAGAGCAUGGCAUUGAAUCUGUAACGGCUGUUGCUUUGGCCUAUGUCAUGCACAAAGCAACUAAUGUCUUCCCACUGGUUGGUGGCAGGAAGGUGGAACACCUACAUGACAAUAUUCAGGCUUUGAAGAUCAAGUUGACGCCGGAGCAAAUUGAAUACCUCGAGAGUGUCAGGCCACUGGAUGUCGGAUUCCCCAACAACUUCAUUGGACCCGACCCGAAGGUGACAGGCCGAGCAUCUGGAUUGCUGGCAGCAAACGCCCCGCUAGCCUUUGUGCCGGCAUCCAAGCCUAUCACCCCGGCAUGA